UUACGUACGAACGAAAGGAAGUUUAUUAGUUAGAAAAUAUAAAUGAGAUGAAAUUCUUUAUUCCCUAGCAAAAAGGAAGAUAUUAGAAAAUCCUUUUAAGGCAAUUUAUUAACAAAAUAAAUUGUUUACAUGGAGAAUAUUGAGGAGCAACAUUGUAGGCUAUGCCUCAAUGUCAUAAGCGAUGAUCAAUUUGAAGAGAUAGAAGAAGCUACCAGAAAUAUUUUUGACAUUAUUUUAUUAAAUCUGGAUUUUGACAACUCGAAUAAACACAUAAUAUGUAACGAUUGUUCACUACAGGUAAGAGAAGCAUACGAAUUUAAGUCGAUGUGCCUCUAUACUGACAACACCAUAAUUCCUCAUGUCGAUUAUGAAACAGGAUGUUCUGUUGACUUAAGAGAGAUUUAUGUAAAGGAAACAGAAAACAAGCAGCUCAUGAAUACAUUUAACAAUGAUCAUAAAGUUUGUCGGUUAUGUAUGCAGUUAACAAGCAGUGAAUUUAUGUCGGUACAUAAAUUAGAGGUUGAUAUGAUCGAGAAAUAUAUUCCAGAAAUAAAUUUCAGUGUCGUCAAAGAUCCCAUUAUUUGUAAACGGUGCUUUGUUUCCUUCAGUACCCACAGUGGUUUCAUACAGAAAUGCUUAAAAAUAAAAGAAAACGUUAAGAGUGUUCAUGGUACGAAAGUCACUGCCAGUAAGGCAUGGACUUCAUCCUUAGUUUCUCCCGUUAAAGUUGAAGAGAUCAGAAUAAAAUCUGAAUUAAAUGAACAGGAAAAUGAGUUUAUCGAAAUAGGAUCUGCUGCACUGAAAUCUGAAGAUAAAGAGAUGUUGAUUAAAACUGAGUCUAUAGAUAUAAAAGCAGAAGAAAAUGAUAAAGAGAGUUACAUAUUUCCGGACAUUUCACCCCAAGAAUUAGAAGACAAGGACAUUCUCAAAUUAGGCAAAGGUCAAUUUGUAUCCGAGCAGUUAUCCGAAGUGUACAUGUGUGAUAAAUGUAAUUUUCAAAGCAAACACAAGAAGAGUUUCUUAGGUCACCAAAUAGUACACAAGGAACCCUCGGCCGUGCAAUUGUACAAGUGUAAUUUGUGCGAUUUCGUGUCUAAAUGUAACAGUUCUUUAGAGCAUCACAUGUUGAAUCACGCUAACGGCCCUACCCUUGCAAGAGCGCCAAUACUCAAGUAUGAUGUAUUCAUGUGUGAUUCGUGCGAUUACAUUACGCAUUGUAAGAAGAACUUCAAGCGUCACCAAAUGAAACACAUGAAUCCCUCAGAGGUACAGCUCCACAUGUGCGAUCUGUGUGAUUUUAAGUCGAAAUAUAAAGAUAGCAUAAAGCUUCAUCAGCUGAAACAUGCUGAUUCAUCAAAAGUGCAGAUGUACACCUGCGAUUUGUGUGAUUUUAAGUCUAAAUAUAAAGUCAGUGUUAAGAAUCACCAGUCGAAACAUGCCACUACCUCAACAGGGGAUAUGUACUGGUGUGAUCUGUGUGAUUUUGAGGCGAAAUCCAGGUACAAACUCAAGCUGCACAAGGUGAAACACGCGGAACUUUCACAGGCGCGGAUGUACAAGUGCAAUGAAUGUAAUUUGGAGUUCAAGUAUGAAGAGUCUUUUUGGCGGCACCAGUUGAAACACGCUAAUCGUCCGCAAUCACCGAUGUUGCAACACGCUGACCCCUCGCAGAUACAAAUAUAGAAGUGUGAUUUAUGUGACUUUCAAACUAAGUAUAAGAAAAAUCUUAAAAUCCACCUCACGGGAGUUCACAAAUGCGAUUUGUGCGAUUUCUUAGAGAAACCUAAGUUCGACCUAAAGUCCCACAAGUUGAAACACACAAACGGCUCAGAAACGGGAAUUCACAAGUGCGAUUUGUGCGAUUUCGUGGCGAAACGUAAAUUCGACCUUAAGUACCACAAGUUGAAACAUGCCGAUCCUUCGGCAGCGCCUGGGUCCCCCCUAUCGUAACAGGCAGAUUCUGUUUGACAAACUUCUGAGGUCCUCUCUGGAUGAGAAAGUUCAAAGUCAGAGUUUUCUCACUUAAAAAUUGCCAAACCUAUAGCUUAUUUAAUUUUUAACAUAUUGCAAAAAUCUAUUUAUAUCAAGGCCUUCUGAAUUAACUAUUUAAUUUAAAAAUGGGGGAGAUUUAAGCUAUAAAGCAUGUCACAUCUUAAAAGUCAAUAUAUAUUGAUGAGAAUAACAAGUUCAAAACCGGUCUAUAUGCGUUGUGGUAAUUCAAUGUUAGUGGAGCUCGUGUUAGCCAUUGAAAUUUUUUUCUCUGCGUCGAUGGAGGCACUGUAUAAAAAAAUAUUUACUUAUUUUGAGUACAACUUGCCGGACAGAUAAAUUCCAAUUAUAGGGCAGGAAAAUACAUAAAUUUAAAUUGAAAUUAGUACCAUAAUAAAAUAUUGACUUACAAACAACAAUAAAAUAGUAACGAUAAAUAGAAAAAAUGUAUAUGUAUAAAGCGACAACUUUGAAGAAUAAAACGAGGUUCUAAAUA